CCUCCGCCUCACACCAUCCCAGCACAAACCAGACAGCAGCAGGUGGUGGUGCCAAGCAGCAGCUAGCUAGCUAGCUGUUCAUACAUACAGCCUAGCUGAAGCUCCUCCUUCCUGGCUGCUGCAAGCAUGGCCGCCGCGCUCUUCUCCUUCAGGGCCGCCGCGCUCGCCGCGCUCCUCCUCGCCGUGAUCGCCGCCUGCGGCGCCCGCGCCCAGCAGCAGCCCACCAACGCCUCCGACUCCCAGGAGAGAUCCUUGCUGUCCUACAGCGGCGGCUGGAUCCCGGCCAAGGCCACCUGGUACGGCGCGCCCACCGGCGCCGGCCCCGACGACAACGGCGGCGCGUGCGGCUUCAAGCACACCAACCAGUACCCCUUCUCCUCCAUGACGUCCUGCGGCAACGAGCCCAUCUUCAAGGACGGCAAGGGCUGCGGCUCCUGCUACCAGAUUCGGUGCCUUAAGAGCAACCACCCCGCCUGCUCCGGCGUGCCGCAGACUGUGGUCAUCACCGACAUGAACUACUACCCGGUGGCCAAGUACCACUUCGACCUCAGCGGCACGGCGUUCGGCUCCAUGGCCAACUACGGCCUCAACGACAAGCUCCGCCACGCCGGGAUCAUCGACAUGCAGUUCAGGAGGGUUCCGUGCAACUUCCCCGGCCUGACGAUCAACUUCGUCGUCCAGCACGGCUCCAACCCCAUGUACCUGGCGGUGCUCGUCGAGUUCGAGGACAAGGACGGCGACGUGGUGCAGGUGGACAUCAUGCAGCACAACUCCGGCCACUGGGAGCCGAUGCACGAGUCCUGGGGAUCCAUCUGGAGGAUCGACCCCAACCGCCCGCUCAAGGGCCCCUACUCGCUGCGCAUCACCAACGAGUCCGGCAAGCAGCUGGUGGCCAAGAACAUCAUCCCGGACAACUACAUCCCCAACACCAACUACCGCUCCUACGUCCAGUACUAACUGCGUGCUCCCCGUCGAUCGGAUCGAUUAUAGUGGCCGCCGUUGGCAAUUGCGCUGAGGAUUUUUCACCUCGGUUCCGUUGUUGGUGUGUUUGUGCGUGUGUCCUGAAGGGGUGUGGGAAAUUAGAGGAGGCAAGCAUCAACGUGUGCUCUCCCGCCCACUGUCACUCUACCAUUACCAGUGUGUAACCAGAAGAUUAUGGUUAUAAAUUAUACAUACAGUACGUGUGCUGCUAUAUAUUAACUA